GGAGAGCACAGUGCGAAGAGGAACGUGGGUCGGCAAGGCUCCUGCUCCGAGAGGAAGCGCGGAGGAGCGGAGAGAAAGGGCUCUGUCGGUGUUAGAGGCGGCUUGGAAAAAGUCAUUUAAAACCCGAGAGUAGUUCGAAUAACAGGCGUAGGAACCCUGUUUUGGAUCGGGCAGCUCAGCGACAUGUCCUCACAUACAUGGAGGAUGCAGUGUGCCAGCUGCUAGAAAAUAAGGAAGAUAUUAGCCAAUAUGGUGUUGCCAGAUUCUUCACUGAAUAUUUUAACAGUGUCUGUCAGGGAACUCACAUUCUCUUUCGGGAAUUCAGCUUCAUCCAAGCCACCCCUCACAACAGGGCAUCGUUCUUACGGGCCUUUUGGAGGUGCUUCCGAACUGUGGGCAAAAAUGGCGACUUGCUGACCAUGAAAGAGUAUCACUGUUUGCUGCAAUUAUUGUGCCCGGAUUUCCCACUGGAGCUGACUCAGAAGGCGGCCAGGAUUGUGCUCAUGGAUGACGCUGUGGACUGCCUGAUGUCUUUUUCAGAUUUCCUCUUGGCCUUCCAGACCCAGUUUUACUACUCAGAGUUCCUGGAGAGUGUGGCUGCCAUCUACCAGGACCUGCUGUCGGGCAAGAACCCCAACACGGUGAUCGUGCCAACGUCUUCCAGUGGGCAGCACCGCCAGCGGCCCGCCUUGGGAGAGACCAGCAUGCUGGAGGGAGUCGAGGCCUCGCUGUUCUACCAGCGCCUGGAGAGCCUGUGUGACCGGCACAAGUACAGCUGCCCGCCCCCAGCUGUCGUCAGAGAGGUCCUAGGCAACGUUCAGAGACUGACCUUCUACGGUUUCCUUGUGGCUCUCUCAAAGCACCACGGAACCAACCAAGCCCUAGGAGCUCUGCCUGACAAAGGGGACCUGAUGCAUGACCCAGCCAUGGAUGAGGAGCUGGAGCGACUGCUGGCCCAGAUCCCAGACCUGGUCAACACGGUCACUGCCAGUCCAGAGGCCAGCUGCCUGCCUUCCCGGACCCCUCACCGGGCUGGCUUUUCCUGGAGAACCCUCCACCACGCCCGCAAAGUGGAUGCAGAGAGCGAUGGCUCCACUGAAGAGACAGACGAGUCUGAGACUUGAGGACUCAGAGGGUCCUGUCUACCACACCCUGUACCCUGCUCCUUCCUACUCCCUCCAACUCUUCUGCCCCUGUGCGCUGCUGCCCUCUGCUGGUGAAAAGGCCAAAUACCAGCCCCAGUCCAAGACCUGACGGAGGGGUUCUGCUAUCAGGCAACCCAAGCAGUGACCAAGAAGUUAGCCUACUCUCCCUGUCUGCGUCAGCCUUGCGCUUUAGUCAGGCUCAGGCUCACAGCACUUUGGACUGAGGCCACCGGGAAGGGACUUGGCGUCGCCUUUUGCUGACAGUUGCUGCCUAAGGUUCACCUCACAGCAACUCCAGGAAUAGCCACGCCGGGCCGUGCAUGCUCAGGGGGGUGACACCCACAAUGCAAGCUGGGGAGGACAUAAUCACAGUGGCCUUGUACUGGAGAAACGGCCACUGGCCAAGGUGGGGUGAAGGGUGGCAGGACCAUUUCCCUUUCAAAAACUGCGUCAUGCCUCCUGUGUCUAUGAGUUAAACGUGAAAUGAAUAAAGUCCCUUGCAUCUGCUAA